AUGCCAAUUAUCGAAGUCGUCACACUCCCACUUCUGCCAGGUAGCGAAGGCCCCAAACCUGAUGGCCUUGGACCUGUACCCAUGGGUCAGAUCCGCAGUGCAGCGGGCAUGCAGAUCGAACACCCACAUAUCCUAGAAGGAGUGAUUGUCUGGGAUUCGGUAGACGCCAACGAUGCUUUCAUUCAAAGUCCCGACUACAAAACCACAAUGGCGCCACUACACAGCCUUCGCGACCCCAACGGAACCGCCGGGAUGCAACACUACCACUUUGACUCCCUCCAGAAUCUCAAAGACGCCACCACGGCUCCCGUGACGGAAGUUGCACGCUUCUACUACGACUCCCAGCCUACCGCAGAACUCCUCUCGGGCUUCACAGAAUUCGGCCGACGUGUGAUCAAGGAAAAUGUGCCCGGUGUGAGCGGUACUGCAGCUGCUCUACCUGACGAAGAUGUUGGGUACGACUUUGGCGAGAGCCAGGUCAUCAUCUUUAUGAUCGGGUGGCAAAGCAUCAAGGACCAUGAGAACUUCAAGAAGACGCAAUUGUUCACAGAUCUAUUGCCGCUACUCAAAAGUGACAAGGCGACGAAGAUUGAGAUGCACCAUACUGCAUUUAUCUCGUAG